GCCCAGGACUUCCAGCUCCACCGGCCGGCUGCGGGCACCGAGGGCCCCUAGACCCCGGACCUCUGCGGGCAGCCCCAUCUCCCCCCUCACUGGUCGAUCUCUUCCGUCUCCUCCUUUCCCCCGCUGCCUGGUGGCUGCAGGUUGGCCCACGCACGGAGAUCGGCUCUUGUGCUCCUGAGGCCGCGAGCUCAGACCCGAACAGGCCGGGGCGGAGCUGAUCCGGGCCCAAGGAGGCGGGCAUGGCCAGCGGCGGGGCCAGCGGUGGGCCCGGCGGCGGCCAAGCAGGCACGGCGGGGAAGGGGCGCGGCGGGGCCCCGUGCUCCCUGAGCUGGGCCCGCCUGGGCUCGCUGCGCUCCCACCAGUGCGCGCUGCUGCUCGCGGGGCUGCUCGCCGUGUGCGCCUUCUACUACGUGGGCUCGGGCCGCGAGACCUUCUCCAGCGCCACGCGGAGGCUCAAGGAGAACCGGGCCGGGGCCACGACCGGGCCCGCUCCGGCCCCGGCCUCGGACCCCCCCUUGGCUCCCGAGUCCAAGGCCAAGCCGGCCGACGGCCUGUCUGCGGCCGCAGCGGAACUGGACUACCACGUGCUGAUGAUGUUCACCAAGGCUGAUCGCAGCCCUGCUCUGCAGGCCAAGGGGCGCAUAGCCCUGCGCUCGCUGCUGCGCCUCGCCAAGCUGGACGAGCAUGAGGUGCUCAAUGUGCACUUCGUCAGCGAGGAGGCCAGCAAGGAGAUCGCCAAGAACCUGCUCCGCGAGCUGCUGCCCGGGGUGCCCUUCAAGUACAAGAUCAUCUUCCAUGACGUCGGCGUCCUGACGGAGAAGCUGUUCCCUGUGGUGGAGGCCAUGCAGAAGCACUUCAGCGCAGGCUCUGGGACUUACUACGGGGACUCCAUCUUCUUCCUGUCUGUCGCCAUGCACCAGAUCAUGCCCAAGGAGAUCUCACGGAUAAUUCAGCUGGAUUUGGACCUGAAGUACAAGACCAAUAUCCGGGAGCUGUUUGAGGAGUUUGAUGAUUUUCCUCCAGGGGCUGUCAUUGGCAUUGCCCGGGAGAUGCAGCCGGUGUACAGGCACACCUUCUGGCAGUUUCGCCGUGAGAACCCGCACACCAGAGUCGGGGACCCUCCUCCCGCCGGGCUCCCAGGCUUCAACAGCGGUGUGCUGCUACUGCACCUGGAGGCCAUGCGGCAGUCUGCGCUCUACCAGCGGCUGCUGGAGCCGGCGGCGCUGCAGCAGCUCACCGAGAAGUACCGCUUCCAGGGCCACCUGGGUGACCAGGACUUCUUCACCGUUGUGGGCAUGGAACAUCCCGAGCUCUUCCACGUUCUCGACUGCACCUGGAACCGGCAGCUGUGCACCUGGUGGAGGGACCAUGGCUAUGGGGACGUCUUCGACGCCUACUUCCACUGUGAGGGCCACGUCCGGAUCUUCCACGGUAACUGCAACACACCCAUCCCAGAGGACUAGGGGCCCGGGCCUGCGAGAGCAGCUAGAGGCCCCGCUGGGGGCCUCUCUUCGGCCACCAGCUUUCAUCACACCUGCCCCCAGUGACAAGGGAGAGGUGUGAUUGCCAGGCUGUCCACAGGGGGGAGGGGCUGAGUUCUCAGGAGAGAGGGACCAUCCUGGCCAGAAUCAGAUCACAUGAUGCCAGCGCUCCCCAAAUCUCAUCCUCGCUGGGACCAAAUACAGACUAACUUAAAAACAAGAGGCACCCGAGACUCGGCCACUCUUCUUGGUGUGGCCCUUGGGUGCUGAGGCUGGACCAGGUUGGUGGGGCAUAGAUGUCCUGCCCAAUGUUGUUUGGGGGUACCCCCCCCAAGCCCUGCUUAUUCCCGGGAACUGGGGAGCAGCAGCCAGAGGUACUUCACAGCCAUGGCCGGAGCAUCCCCGCCCAAGUCCCCAAGGGGCUUCCUGAUCAUGCUGGUUGGUCACCGAGAUUUGGCUCUGAGCAGGCUUCUCCUGCCACUAGACAAAGACUGGGCACUCCCCAUUGGAGGAGAGCUGAUGCACCCAGUAUCAUUGUGCCCCUGGUCAUCCUGGCCAGACACACUUCCAACGUCCAAGGCUGCCUGAGAGAGGCGGCUUCUCUGGGGCUGAGCCAAAGGCAGCUGUUAGUCGAGCUCACACAGGUGAACGGUGACUGCGCUCUUCCCGAAGGCCAAGUUGUACUCUGCUUGGUAAAAAGGCGGCCUCGUUGCUCAUCUUCAGAUCUUGUAAGUAGCCAUCCUGCCCCAGGAGGCCAGUGCCCAUGCUGGUCUCCAUUGUGGUAGCUUCAGACAGGAAGCCCGGACUUGGUCCGUGGUGUAGAGUGUCCCCACGGGCAGGGGGAGGGGAGGCAUGCCAGAGAUCUCUCCCACCAUGUGUUUGCCUGAGGGAAGCCGAUCCCCUGCCACAGCUGGGCACACUGUUCGAUGCCAUCCAUUCUGAGCAUCGUCGUUUUUAACUGCACGUGAGUUCAGGUGCAGAGCUUAAUAAAUUCAGUGGAAAGAA